GUGCAGGGGUUAAAGGUCCCAACAAUCCUCUGAACCUGGACUCCCGCUUGGCAAGCUUUCGGGGAUUGAUUAUGACUGCCUGGGAUCAGGGGUCCUUGCCCCCAGCUAUCAUCCUCAGUGGACCCUAGGUAACCUGGAUCCAUAAGUAUAAUCGGAACAAGCCGGAGCUUCCUUGACUCCUCAGUCACUCCUGCACUAAGUGACAGACGACCACUCCCCUGUGCCUCCCACCAUGGCCGGCCACCCCUGCAGAGCCAUGAUCCGCCCUUGGGUUCUCUGUCUCCUCCUUUCUUCUUACUCCUCUGCCUCUUCCGAUAGCUGGCUGCCCCUCGUAAACCUCGCUCACCGCUUCCUCAAGGACACUAACUCUUCCUUCCUUUCCAACUGCUGGGUCUGCCUGUCCAUCCAAACCCAGCGCUCGCUAGCCAUCCCAGCCCCACUCACGACCUGGACGGACUCACCCAUGAAACUUCAUAUUACAUACUCGGCCCGGACGCUCUCCGGCCCUUAUCCUAUUACUGACCUCGAGAAACGCCUCCUGAAUUUCCACCCAUUAACUGCUUAUUACUCCUUCGUCAAUCCCGACCGGCGGUCCAUUGCUCUUCUUCAUCUCACUAGCUCAACACACAUACUUCCGAUACUUUCCCGGCUCACCUCUGUGAAAUACACUAAUGACCACGUCUAUGAAUCUGCCCAGCGCCCCAUAUGGGGGCCGCUCUCUACCCAGACACUCCUCACCUCCCAGGCCCCUCUCUGUAUAUCCCGUUUCUUCAAGAACUCAGAAUAUGCCACCUUCGUGGGCAAUCUCUCGGCCUCUCUUUGCAACCACACCUUUCACCUCUCCCCCUCGGCCGACCACCAAUCCAUUGAUCUGUCCACCAGCUACGCGUUUGCCGAGCUAAUGACCAUGCCAGGCUCCAAGUGGAGAAACCCCUUACGCUUUUCAGGGCCCCCUUCCCUAACCUCAGGGAAGCCUUACUACCCUUGCCUGGUGGAUGACAUCCACUGUCACACCUACCCGACCACUCCCUGGAGGCGAUGUCCUUCCUUCCCAUCUAGCACCUGCUCUAAUCUGACGCUCUUCGAACGCGACAACAUCACUCACCCCCUUACCCUGUCUGUGGACACCACCUACUUCAAGAUUAAACUUCACGGACACAAAGAACCCUAUCCGAUCUUUCAGUACCAGCCCCUCAUGGGGGCUGCUCUCUCUGGACAAUAUUCAAUCUGGGAGGAUGAACCCACUGUCCAGGAAAACGGGGGCAUCACUCCAAACAUCUUCUCACACCUCCUCUCCUUGACCUACUCCUUCUGUCUCAACUCCUCGGGCGUCUUCUUCCUCUGCGGGAGCUCGACUUACGUCUGUCUGCCGGCCAACUGGUCGGGUGUCUGUACCCUUGUCUUCCAAUACCCAGACAUUGAACUCCUCCCCGGCAACCAAACCAUAACUGUCCCCCUUUUUGCUACAAUCCCCUCCGCGGUCUCCACGUCUCGCCGGAAGAGAGCCAUUCACCUCCUCCCUCUCCUCGCGGGCCUGGGCAUUACUUCCGCCCUCGGGUUGGGCAUCGCUGGCAUCACCACUUCGACCGUCUAUUUCCAACAGCUCUCGAAGGCUCUCUCCGACAGCCUAGACGAAACAGCCACCUCCUUUACCACCCUCCAGGAUCAAAUAGACUCGCUGGCGGGCCUCGUUCUCCAAAACCGCAGAGCCCUGGACCUCAUCACCGCCGAGAAAGGGGGCACCUGCCUCUUCCUCCAGGAGGAGUGCUGCUUCUAUGUGAAUCAGUCGGGAGUAGUCCGGGAUGCCGCAAGAAAACUUCGAGAAAGAGCAUCCCAACUCCGCCCAAGCUCCAGCUCUUGGAUCCAGGGGCUGGGGCUGGGAUACUGGCUGCCCUCCUGGCUGACUUCCUUCGUGGGACCCCUUCUCUUCAUUCUCUUUCUGCUCAUUUUCGGGCCUUGUCUUCUUAACUGCCUGACUCAUUUUGUGUCCCAGCGAAUGAGCUCUUUCAUUCAGAGCACAACCAAAGGGCACGUGGACAAGAUCCUGCUGCUCCGAGAUUCCCAGUACAAGAGGCUUCCCCUGCAGCCCCCCGAGGAGGACGCCUUCUAACUGGAAGGGGCUACCUGAACCACAGCUCCCCCACCAAACCCCCUCCCCCGUCUCUAUCUACCGAUCUGUAGAAAUAAACAUCAAUGCUAGCCACACCUGGGCCAUUUUGGAAAAACUCCGUUUUGUUUAAAUGGUGGCAGUUUUCCCCAAACCACAGCAAUCAGUAUUCUAGGCUUAUUUUUCCAGAUGCCACGCAUCCC